AUCACAAAAAUAGUGAAUUAUGUGUAAAAUUCAAGGUAUUAAGGUCGAGCAUUAGAGCGAGCAAACCUGCUGGUAUUUUCUUCAAAGUUGGAAGCCAUCCAUUCCAUGAUCCAUCUCCAUGCCUACCCCUCCUCCCUUAUCUCAUGAUUUCCAUGGCAGAAAUCCAAAAGAAAACCAUUACUCCCACUCCUAGUCCUAUAACCACUCCUACUCCGUCCACUUCCAAACCAAAACACAGUUUGUUUCUCGCUUGCUUCGGAUUUUCCAGGCAAACGAGUCGCAGACGGAGUAUGAGAUCAAAGUCGCCCCCCCUCAUCCGAAAGGAAGCUAACUAUACCAGAGAAGAUAAUCGCGAUGACCGUACGAUUGAUAUGAAGGGUGAACAUUCAACUAGUAUUACUAGUCAACGCAGCUGUUAUUUGAUUUCUUGGUCAAGCUGGAGGUUUCGCACCAAGAAGUCCGCCGCCAGAACCGUCCCCAUCGACACCUCCGGUACCACCGUCACCGACAAAAGGGAACGUCCGUCCAAGGUGGUCAAGUUUUCCAGCUUGCAGACCAAGUCAAAGUCAAAGUCAAAGUCUGGUAACCUCGUCUCUAACUCCGAAGAAGUACUUCCGGCCACCACCGAUGGGGAGCCGCCAGGGACUCCAAGUCGGGAAGAGGCUGAGCCUCCUCCCAUCGUCUCAGACCCGCAGACCCCUAUUAACCAUAACCCUCCACAGACCAACACGAUCAACCUCGAAAGUAGGAAACAUUUGGAGUCCCCUAAGGUUGGCACGUGUCAAAAGCGAUUUUGCAGGAAGAUUGAUUCACUAAGAACAAGUACAACUAUUGCAGGAAGAAAAGGACCACCUAGCAGCCAAAGCCAACCAGAUUCACCGGCUGGACAGGAGGCCAGGACGCGCACGUCGCGUACUCGGACAGUGUCGCACUCCGUGUCUUUCCCCGCUCGCGAAAGCCAAACUCAACAGGGGGCGCCGGUGACUCCGUCCGUGGCACACAAUUUUAGUAAACAAUAUUCGUCGUGGUCGUGGUCGACUACCGUGUCCAACAACCCCGGAUCGAAAAAUAAUAAUAGGGGGAAGGCUAAGGCAAAGGGAGAGUCGAGUACUGCAGCCAACAGGAAGAAUUUGGAUCCACUGAUUGGUAUGUCUAUUAUUUUGGUGACGUUGAUUAUUAUGUUAGUAUGGGGUCGUUUGUGUGCUAUUCUUUGUACGUCCGCAUGGUUUUACUUGCUCCCGCGCUUAAGAUCAGCGGCGGCCGCCACCACUACUGCUGCUGAUGGAUCUGGAUACCCUCACCAUAAUUCCAGUUCCAAUGUUAAUACCCCGGGCCAUGGAUAUGAAUUCCGAAGAAUGGAAGAAGAAGGUCGUCUUAGAGGGAUUUCUUGAGAGGAAUCACCGGAAUAUAAUUCUAUAAAUUUGCAGCUAGAAAUUGGGCUAUUUGAGAUGCAAUAAAAGAAAAAUAAGGAAACGACCUUCAAUCAAAUAAGUUAUAAGUUGUUUAUUUCUGUGACAUGUUGAAAGCAUAUGUGAUUGGCACAUAUGAAAUAUUACUUGUUUCAUCAUUUUGUCACUGCUUUGUGUGUAAUUAAAAUUUUGAGAACAUCAAAGUAUCAUGUAUCAUGAAAUAUCUGUGUAAUCUUACAAUUUUUUUUUAAUAAGAAGAGAGGAAGUACAACAGCCA